CUCUCCUUCCCCCCCCCAAGCUAGGCUGAGCUGUGCCUACGUUGGCCUCGGCUCCCAGGGACCGGAGGAGUUACCUUUGGAGCCCAAAAGGAGGAAGGAAGAAAAUAUAUCAACAACAGCGGCGGCUCGGGAGCCCCAGCCCCGAACCCUCCCUCCCCUCUACCCCGGCCCCAGGACAGGGGCCCGGGACCUCCCGGCUCCACCCAGGGCCCGGGCAGACGCCUGUCUCGUUAGUUAUUUUUCGACAUCCCCUCCCCCCUAAAAAGAAAAAACCCAACACCUUCCUGCGCUUGGAGAUCCGAGAGGAGAGAGGACUACCACUCUUCCUCCCACCCCCUUACCGCGACACCCCCCUCCCCCAACUAGGGUUGGUGGCUGUGCUGGAACUGCCCUUGAGGACCAUGAACUAGUCUCCUGUAGGGACGAGCCUUUUCAUGAGCACACUCUAACACUGCCGCCGGUCGAGGACCCACCUCCCAGCAAGGCCUUCCCCUCCCCACCUCUCCCCAGGGUUGAGGAUCUCUGGAGAAGAUGGGGCGGAAAAAGAUCCAGAUUCAGCGGAUCACUGAUGAGCGGAACCGGCAGGUGACAUUCACCAAAAGGAAGUUUGGGUUAAUGAAGAAAGCCUAUGAGCUGAGUGUGUUGUGUGACUGUGAAAUUGCCCUCAUCAUCUUCAACCACUCCAACAAGCUGUUCCAGUAUGCCAGCACUGACAUGGACAAAGUCCUCCUCAAGUAUACAGAAUACAAUGAGCCCCAUGAGAGUCGCACCAAUGCAGACAUCAUUGAGACCCUGAGGAAGAAAGGCUUCAAUGGCUGUGACAGCCCCGAGCCCGAUGGGGAGGACUCCCUGGAGCAGAGCCCCCUGCUGGAGGACAAGUACCGGCCGGCCAGCGAGGAGCUGGACGGGCUCUUCCGGCGCUACGGGUCUGCAGUCCCAGCCCCGAAUUUCGCCAUGCCGGUCACGGUGCCUGUGUCCAAUCAGAACUCACUUCAGUUCAGCAACCCUGGGGGUUCCCUGGUGACCCCGUCACUGGUUACAUCGUCCCUCACAGACCCGAGGCUCCUGUCCCCCCAGCAGCCGGCCCUACAGAGGAACAGCGUGUCACCAGGGCUGCCCCAGCGGCCAGCCAGUGCUGGGGCCAUGCUGGGAGGAGACCUUAAUAGUGCUAAUGGAGCCUGUCCCAGUCCUGUUGGGAAUGGCUAUGUCAGUGCCCGGGCCUCCCCUGGCCUCCUCCCUGUCGCCAAUGGCAACAGCCUGAGCAAAGUCAUCCCCGCCAAGUCUCCACCCCCACCCACCCACAGUGCCCAGCUUGGGGCCCCCAGCAGAAAGCCGGACCUUCGAGUCAUCACGUCCCAGGGCGGGAAGGGGUUAAUGCAUCACUUGACUGAGGACCAUUUAGAUCUGAACAAUGCCCAGCGUCUUGGGGUCUCUCAGUCCACCCACUCACUCACCACUCCUGUGGUCUCUGUGGCAACACCCAGUUUACUCAGCCAAGGGCUUCCCUUUUCCUCCAUGCCCACAGCCUACAACACAGAUUAUCAGUUGACCAGCGCAGAGCUCUCUUCCCUCCCAGCUUUCAGCUCAACUGGGGGACUGUCGCUAGGCAACGUCACUGCCUGGCAACAGCAACAACAGCCACAGCCACCCCAGCAGCAGCCCCAGCCACCACAACAGCCACCACCACAACCACAGCCACAGCCCCAACAGCAGCAGCCCCAGCCACCGCCGCCGCAGCAGCAACAAUCCCACCUGGUCCCCGUGUCUCUCAGCAACCUCAUCCCGGGCAGUCCCUUGCCUCACGUUGCUGCAGCCCUCACCGUCACCACCCACCCCCACAUCAGCAUCAAGUCAGAGCCGGUGUCCCCAAGCAGAGAGCGCAGCCCUGCACCACCAGCCCCUGCCCCCUUCCCAGCCCCUGCUCGGCCUGAGCCUGGGGAUGGCCUCAGCAGCCCUGCCAGUGCAUCCUAUGAAGCUGGGGAGCGGGAUGACGGGAGGGGUGACUUCGGGCCUACCUUGGGGCUGCUCCGUCCAGCCCCAGAGCCCGACACUGAAAGCUCGGCAGUGAAGCGGAUGCGGCUGGACACCUGGACAUUAAAGUGAUGAGCCUCCCCCUCCUCUAUCAACCUCCCUCUUGAAGAGUUGACAAUCUCACCGCCCCUCCCAGUCCCGGGCUCCUCCCCGCUCGACCCCCUUAUCCCUUUCUUGUGCUCCGUGUCCUGUUGACGGUUACAUUUGUGUAUAAUUAUUAUUAUUAUUAUUAUAUUAUUAUUAUUAUUUUUUUAAUUUGAACUCUCGCUUCUGGGAGGGGGAAGCAUCCCCUUCUCUUUCUUCUCCCCUCCGUUUUCAUGGGGGGGACACUCUUUUUUGGGGGGGACAAUUUGCACGUUGUACACAUAUGCUGCAGGGGGGGGAGGGGGGACCCCAAAAAGACUUUGGGAUGGGGCAGAAGCCGAGCCCUGCAUGUGGAAACCUCCCUUCACCCCCAUCCCCAAGAGAGAGGAAGUAACCAAAAAAACCCCAUAAAAUGGACUUUGAAACCCCAGAACCUAGUUUGGACCUGGGGAAUGUGGGCUGGAUGCCUGGGUCAACACUGUUCUGCUUGUGCUGCAGGGCCUCAGGAGGGCUGUCUGGAGUUGGGGUUAAAAUCCCCAUGGGUCUCUGCCUCUCCAGUGCUAUUCAUAUGUACCUAGACUUGCUUAGGUAUGGGGUGAGUGCUCAGGCCUGGAACUCCAAAAUAAUCCCCAUCCUUCAUUGAUUCAUGUGUAAGCUGCAUUCUCCAAAACUAAGGGGCAGGGAGUAGAGUUGCAAUUGUAGUGUGAGGACAGCAGGCCUUGGCAUCCAGGAGAAGAUACGUCCUCACAUACUGAGAAGUCUAGUGUCAAAUGGGGUGGAGAGAGUCACCCCUUCCCCCAGGACCUGGAGCAACUUUGGAGUCUCUCCCUCUCUCCAAGUGGAAGAGGGUGGGGAUGGAAUAGGGGGUCACCUCACAGCACAGUGUGUGUGGGGUAGAGAUGUGGGGUACCCCCUGCUUAGGCAUUAGGGGGAAUCCUGGGGGUAAAGAGAGAGGAGGUCCUCCUUUUCCCUCCUCUGGGGUUUUCUUCUAAAAUAUACAGUGCAAUAGCAUCCUUUCCCUCACCCACCCCUUUCACUCUAGCUCCCUAAUUCCCAACCCCAUCUUUCUGCCCUUGGUGCCAGCCUUUCAAAAUGAAGCCUCAACCUGGAGGGGGUGGGGCAGAGCCAGUCUUAAUUAUGCUGGCAGAACCUGGGAAGGAAACUGAGGAUGGUGAGCACCUGCUACACCUCCUCCUUCUCCACCUGGAUCCUAACCCUAGCAGGCCUGGACUGGCUUAACAAAAGACUGCACUAGGCUUUUUGGGAGGACCUGGGCACCAUUGCAAACAGAGCGGGGUCCAUUCAGGUCAGGGAGGGUCAGAAUAUCCUUUUAUCAUAGAGGUCAUGGAAAGGGGAGGGGCAUAUGCCCACUCCCCUGCUCACAUGUGAUUAUACACCAGAGGCCUGGGCCCGGAGGAGCCUACAGUUUCCCAGAGCCAGGGUAAGGGGUAGGAUGGAGGGAAGCUGCCAAGCCUCAUGUCCAGUGCUAGUUGUGUCCUAGGGUGGCCCACUUUUUUAGCUUUGCUCUGCCCCAGCCCAUUCUUCUCUCCCUAGCCCCACCUCCCCUUCUCUUGGUCCUCCUCAUCCCCACCAGCUUGCUACCUCCUGCUCCCCACCCACCACCAUCACCACCUCCUCUUCCCCCAACCCCUCACCACCACACCCCAUCUUUCCCUCGGCUACUGUAAUUGUAAAUAGCAACUUUGGAAAUGUUGGCUAUGUAACAGUCCAAGAAACUGUUUUUUUGUUGUAUUGAUAUGAAAUGAAAUUCUAUUUUUGUCAAAGUA